AUGUCUGUGCCAUACAAGAUCGAGGCCAUGGAGGAGUACCUCAUUGGCGGCAAGAAGCGUGCACAGCGCGCCAGCGACAGGAUCCCCAUGCUUGCACGAGUACACGUCUCUGAUCGGGCGAAGAAGGCGUUGGAUCUGGUCGAGAAGUUCGUCGAAGAAGAAUGUAUCCCAGCCGACACCGUCUACGCCCAAAGCAUCGGCCAGACCACCGAAGAACGAUUCGCCGCCCACCCACAAGUCGUCGAGGACCUCAAGAAGCGAGCAAGAGAGUUGGGACUGUGGAACAUGUUCCUGCCAAAGAACCACUUCAGCCAGGGCGCAGGCUUCAGCAACUUGGAGUACGGCUUGAUGGCAGAGUACCUAGGCAGGAGCUUCAUCGCCUCCGAGGCAGUCAACUGCUCGGCACCAGACACUGGCAACAUGGAGGUGUUCGCCAAGUACGGCACAGACUGGCAGAAGAAGCGGUGGUUGGAGCCACUUCUUGAGGGCAAGAUCCGCAGUGCUUUCCUCAUGACAGAGCCAGACGUCGCCUCCUCGGACGCCACCAACAUCAACAUGAGCUUGAAGCUCGAGGGCAACGAGUGGGUCAUCAACGGCUCGAAGUGGUGGUCUUCCGGCGCAGGUGACAAGCGCUGCGAGAUCUUCAUCGUCAUGGGCAAGUCCGACCCCACCAAUGCCAGCGUCUACAAGCAGCAAUCCGUCGUCCUCGUCCCCUUCGACGCCCCAGGUAUCACCAUCACCCGCAUGCUCUCAGUCUUCGGCUUCGACGACGCCCCACACGGUCACGGCCAGAUCACGUUCAACAACGUGCGCGUUCCCAAGGAGAACAUCGUCCUCGGCCCAGGUCGUGGUUUCGAGGUGAUCCAGGGCCGCCUCGGACCAGGCCGUAUCCACCACGCCAUGCGCAGCAUCGGUGCCGCUGAGCGCGCUCUCGAGUUCACAAUCGCCCGCAUGAACGACGAGACCAAAAAGCCCUUCGGCAAACUCCUCGCCGAGCACGGCCUCAUGCUUAGCCGCGUCGCCGACGCUCGUGUCGACAUCGACGCUGCCCGCCUCCAAGUCCUCAACGCCGCUAUCAUGAUCGAUACAAAGGACGCAAAAUUCGCGCUCAAAGAAAUCGCCGAGGCCAAAAUCCUUAUCCCCAGAAUUGCCCUUCGCAUCAUCGAUGAGGCGAUCCAGGCACAUGGCGCUGGCGGUGUUUCACAGGAUACCCCACUCGCGAAGAUGUGGACGAGUGGACGGACCAUGAGGAUUGUGGAUGGACCGGAUGAGGUUCACCUGCUGCAGUUGGGCAGGAAUGAGAAUAAGAGGGGUAAGGAGAUGUUGGAGAAGAUUCAGUGGCAGGCGAAGAAGAGUGCGGAGAUGUGUUUGGCUUAUGGCAUGGAGAAGAGGGAUCCGUUGUUGUUGAGUAGGCAGGUUUCGAAGGCGAAGCUUUAG